UCAUCGUCAAGUCAACUCAAACUAUUAAAGCUCUUCCAAGGUUGCUUUGCUGGUCAAUUGCAUGCUAACCACCCGUCUCGACUAACGUUCUCGAAGCUCCCAAGUGACACUAUGACAGACUCGUUGGCCGCAUUCAGAGAUCGCAGAAGCAAGGAGCUCCGGAAGUUGGCGGAAGAGCAUCUUCAGCAUGACUUGAGGCAGUCAGAUCGCGAUAUCCUGCGCAGUGCAGGAGGCAAAGUCUCAACCCACGCGCAGCUUGGCUCUCUGCUGGGCAUAAGCUUCGGCCUCUACUGUGCUAUUCGACUGCGCAGUAUGCGGCAGGCCUACUUCAAUGCAUUCAGGGCAAUGGAGAAGCCAAUUGAGAUUAAAUUUGCCGACGGUCGAACAUCCCCAAUUCCCGAUAUCACGAAUCAACUAGCACCCUCCAAGUGGAGUGAUGCCGCGACCUACUUCUUCUUCUCCGUGGGAGGCUUGUUCCUCGGCGGCGAGCUUGGCUUCUUGACUGGUACCGCGUCGGCGUCGAGAACGAUCGAGAAGGACCCGGAAGCGAGAGAGCGGAUCGAGAAGGCUUUCAAGAAGUACCGCAUCGAUGUGCUGAAGCAGGAGAUAAAGCAGCUGGAGGGGAACAGCAAAAUGGAACAGAUCUUUGGCUCUUGAGACGCAAAGCGCCAGGAUUUUGCCAUAACGGCACCCCCUGUGUCGGGAACAACCCCGCGAGCACAUGAAUUCUUGUAUAUAUCUGAUCUUGUUCUUGGAUGCAGUGUCAGUCUGUAUUUGCAGUGAGGAACUGCGUCCCUGGCGUAUAGAUGAAUCCACACCUUAAUCUGGG